CGCGCCAAUUUUGUUUCUAAUAUUGCUUUUGCUAUCACUGUUGUAAUUCUGCACAUUUACAGACAGACUUGUUUUGUGAUACCAUCUGGCAAACCGUUCUUCAGUUUGCUUUUUCAGCUAUUUUGAACGCUUGUGUUAAAUAUAUCAGACCAUUGAAGAAGGAAUGUAAAGAGGAAAUAUCAAGUAUUUGCCAGAAAACAUUACGGGAAGUUAAAGAGUCCUGGUAUUAGUCACAUCCUUUUUACGAAAGCCAAUUCGGGCGAUUUGAUUGGUCAAACUGUCUCGUAUCAGCUAGCAGAAUAUGCCCCGACAGAUUUAUGGGAUCUAAUUACUUGUAAAGAAUAGGAUGCCUUUGGUGUAUUAUACCUGUUUGUGGUCGCGAUAGGGUUCUUGUCUAGAGAGUUGACGUUUUGCAAGCGAACUUACAGUGGGUAAAAUUUCUGUUAUCUCCAACAUUUGGAAUCCAUAUCGUGUCUCUGAAUCCUUGCGCGACUGUUUGGUUACUUUGGUUAUCUGUGAUUCUUAUCUUUGAAGGUUGUGAUUUUUCUUAAAGGAAACAGUUGGUUUUUUACUCGUUCAAGAGGGCUCCAUUAUGGAGUUUCUUGAAACUUUUCUACACGUACUUGUUGUCCUUGCAAUUUGUACAGUUACAAGAUCUGAUGAAAAUGGGAACUGUAAUUUUGAAAACCCGGUAGGACUAUGCGGCUAUAUACAGGAUACUAGCGAUGAUUUCAACUGGACAAGACAUCGUGGUUCAACGUCCUCGACUAACACUGGUCCAAGUUUUGAUCACACUACUUUGACUGGUUUCAAUGUUCCAGUGUAUACAAAACUGUCUGUUCAACCUGGUGGAGCAACGGAUCGUGGAAAGCAAUGUGUGUUUCCAUUCACCUAUCUUGGAGCUAAAUACCAUCAAUGUACAAAGACUAAACACACAGCAUUAUGGUGUUCUACUACGAAAACAUAUCAGGGCAAAUGGGGAAACUGCCAACUUAGUGGUUGGUACUUGUAUAUUGAGGUGACGAGCAGAAAAAAUGGUGAAGUAGCUCGAAUCACCAGUCCCCCGAUAAAAACCUUUGGUGAAUCAUGUGUGAGAUUUUGGUCACACAUGUGGGGAUCCCAUAUUGGCAAGUUAGAUGUUUUGAUAAGCUCAAACAGCAGUGAAAUUUUGUGGAGUAAAUCGGGUACCCAAGGAGAUGAAUGGUUGAUAAACGAGAUUGAUGUUAAUUCAACCACUGAAUACAAUUUAACAUUUUCAGCUAGUCGAGGUACUGGCUUUCAAGGAGACAUAUCAAUUGACGACAUUACAAUCACCAAUGGAUCAUGCUCAUUCGAUCCCAACUUGUGUACAUUUGAGCAAGGAUGGUGUGGAUACACAAAACAAGGUGAUUGGCUUAGACAAAAGGGUGCAACUCCAAGCUAUAAGACUGGCCCCUCUGUGGAUCAUACAAAAGGAAGCUCAUCUGGUUAUUAUAUUUAUUUUGAAACAUCCUAUGGUAAAGUAAAUGAAACUGCUACUGUGCAGAAAAAUUUUACGGCAAACGGUCCUGCUUCUUGUCUACAAUUUUGGUAUCACAUGUACGGAAGGCAUGUCAAUACGCUCAAUGUAUACACACUUCAGAACAGGAGCAAGGAAUUGAUAUGGACUCGAUCUUUCAAUCAACUUAAUAACUGGUACAAGGCGGAUGCUACUGUAAAAAUAACACAAGGGGAAUAUACAAUUAUGUUUGAAGGUGUACGAGGAAAAGGCUAUCAAGGGGACAUUGCUCUGGAUGAUAUAACUUUGAGACAUGGUGAAUGUAUUUUACCAGGUGAUUGUAAUUUUGAAACAUCAUUGACAACUGCCGACUGUCUUUGGAACAAUGUUCAGAAAGGAGACAACUUUGACUGGAUUUCCAGCUCUGGUAGAACUUCAAGCCACAGGACGGGACCUACAAAAGAUAGAAAAGGCUCCUCAACGGGCAAAUAUCUCUACAUAGAAGCUUCCAGCCCAAGAAAGCCUGGUGAUAAAGCUUGGCUUGUUAGUGAUUACUUUAAUAAAAGUGUUAGUUGUUUUACGUUCUGGUAUCAUAUGUACGGAAAUGGCAUUGGUUUUUUGAAUAUAUAUCAUCAACCACUUGGAGGGAAAAGAAAAUUGUUAUGGACUCUCAGUGGUAACAAGGGAAAUAAAUGGCUUAGCGGUCAAGUGAUGGCGGAUUUUAACUUACAGCAACAUCGAAUUAUUGUCGAAGGUGUUCGUGGCUCAAGUUAUACGGGUGAUAUUGCCAUUGAUGAUUUUAAAUUCAGAAAAGGAAGUUGUGAUAUCGUGCCUGUUUCAGCUAAUCCAUUAAUAUCAACAACACCCGCUACCACCGUAUCUCCUACUACUAUUUCAGGAAACAUUGGAUACAACUGUAACUUUGAACAGGGACUUUGCACGUGGACACAGGUCACCACUGGAGAUGUAUUCGACUGGAAAAGACACCGAGGUAAAACUCCAUCUAGUGGGACUGGGCCGAGUAUCGAUCACACUCUUGGUAACGGAUAUGGUUGGUACUUAUACAUCGAAACGUCUCAUCCACGAAAACCUGGCGACAAUGCUCGUCUUCAAUCUGACAUCAUACCGAGAACAUCUGGACGCUGUCUAAAGUUUUAUUACCACAUGUAUGGUUAUCACACGGGUUCUCUAACAGUUUGGCUUAAAGUUGGCAGUAAAAUGACAAAGUUCUGGCAACGAAAUGGAACUCAUAGCAACAAUUGGUUGAAUGCUCAAAUGACGGUUAAAGCACCAAAAUCAUUUCAGAUCAUAUUCGAAGGCAUCAAAGGUCGUGGUUAUCAAAGUGACAUCGCUAUAGAUGAUAUUACUAUCUCGUCUGGCGCAUGCGUACUACCACCAUCGAAAUGUACAUUUGAAGACUCGAAUGUGUGUGGCUUUACACAUGAUCGAACAGCUGACUUUAAUUGGAUAAGAUCAAGUGGCUCAACAUCGUCUAGCAAUACUGGUCCUUUCAAUGACCAUACACUGAGGACACCAUCAGGAAAUUACAUGUAUGCAGAAGCAUCUUAUCCUCAAAAGGCCAACGAUGUUGCUCAAUUGCUUAGUACAAUGCAAAAGCCUGCGCCAAGUGGUAAAUGCUUGGAAUUUUGGUAUCACAUGUAUGGAAAAGCUAUGGGAAGUCUGAUUGUUAUAAUCAAAGACAGCGUGCAAUCGGCAGAGAUUUGGAAAAAGUCUGGAAAUCAAGGAAACUUGUGGCAGAAAGGAAGAGCUACGUUGAAAUCAACAAACAGCUUCCAGUAUAUUUUUAAAGCUGUUAUUGGAUCUGGCAACACCAGCGAUAUUGCAAUUGAUGAUGUGGAACUUUUCCCAGGGCCUUGCCCAAAUCCUGGCUCGUGCUCGUUUGAACAAGGUCUUUGUCAAUGGACGCAAGACAAAAAAGAAGAUAAUUUUGAUUGGUUGCUUACUUCAGGAAGCACACCAUCAUACUACACUGGACCAAAAACUGAUCACACGUUUGGCAACAUCUCUGGUUCCUACGUAUUCAUUGAAUCAUCUUCGCCUCGCACGCGAGGAGAGAAAGCUCGACUUGUUAGUCCUCGAUAUAGCCAAUCGACCCCAACACGAUGCGUUCAAUUUUGGUAUCAUAUGUACGGGAGAACAGUCGGAAAACUGAACGUUUUGAUAAAAUGGGGGUCCGGUAAGAAGAAUGAAGAGGUCAAGUGGACACUGAGUGGUGCUCAGGGUAACAAAUGGAACUUUGGUCGCUUUACUGUAUCACGAAACACUACAUAUUGGUUGGUUUUUGAAGGCAUCGUUGGCAUUUCAUAUACUGGUGACAUCGCAUUGGAUGAUAUACAACUUGUUGAUCAAGCAUGUUCAUUUUUACCUUUUAAUGCAAAUCCAAAUCCUACCACUGCUCCUGUAACACCCGUUGUCACCACUCCUAAACCUAUACCUGUUGGGCCCUUCUCGUGCAACUUUGAGAAAAAAUGUACGUCAUGGAGUCAAGACUCUAGUGAUCAUUUUAACUGGACUAGACAUCAAGGACAUACUACCUCUUCUGGUACUGGUCCAACAACAGAUCACACCAAGGGAGUGGGUAUCUUAGCAAAUAAAGACCAAGGUCCUGGCUCAAUCAUGCAUCGAGGUGGAAAGUGUAUCCACAUUCAUCAUGGAGGUUUUACUAAGCCUGCUGAUGCUCAGAAGUUGGUAAUACACGCAGGCUGUGGAGAAGAGCGACUAGAGUUUAAACUCUGGUCAAAUGGAACGUUAAUGCACACCAAACACAAUAUGUGUGUGAGGCCAAUAAAUGAACGAACUAACGCAAAGAUUGCUGUUUAUCGAAAUUGUGAUGGCAACAUGAUUUGGAAUUGGACAAAGAAGGGAUCGCUUCAGUACAAGAACAAGUGGUGUCUUAAGCCGGAGAGAGGAUUCACUUCUCCAUGGAAUGGUGUCAACUUGGUGCUUGGAGUUAAUUGUGACCAAACCCAAAAUUUUUUCAAAUUUGUUCCCACUCGUGGAUAUUAUAUGUAUAUUGAAUCAUCAUCUCCAAGAAAACCAAAUGACACAGCUCGAUUGAUUUCGCCUGCUUAUAGCAAAAGCACAUCUUGCCUCCACUUCUAUUAUCACAUGUAUGGUCCACACGUUGGUAAACUUCAGGUCUACGUUAAAACUGGGAAUAAAAUGGGAUUGCCUGCGUGGAGUCGCUUUGGAUCACUAGGAAACAAGUGGUAUCAAGCACAAGUUGGUGUCAAUUUGAAUGAAUCAUAUAAGUUUGUUAUCGAGGCUGUUCGUGGGAAAAGCUUUCUUGGUGAUAUUGCAAUUGACGAUAUUUAUCUUAUGACAUCUUGUACUACUCGUGAUUACUGUUCCUUUGAAGAACAGUUUCCUGUGAAUUGUGGUUAUACUCUCAGUCCAGGACCCUUGAAGUGGUUAGUAGGAAGUGGAAAGACACCAUCUAUAAGCACAGGUCCUUCCAAUGAUCACACUCUCAGAGAUGCAAGAGGACGUUAUCUUUUUCUUGAAACGAGUAACUCUUUUGUUGGUGCUAAAGCAACAUUCACUAGUCCAACAUUUGAUUCAAAUCCUGAGGGAAGCUGUGUGACAUUUUGGUAUCAUAUGUAUGGCUCAAAUAUAGGGACGUUAAAUGUAAGAGUAAAUGAUGUUAGAGGAUCUCUUUUGCAAACCUGGAGUAAAUCUAGCACUCAAGGGAACAAAUGGUUCUUAGCUCAAAUUUCUAUCAAUUCUGCAAAACAAUUUAAGAUGACAUUUGAAGGUGUUCGUGGUCGAGGAUAUCGUGGAGAUAUUGCGAUCGAUGAUAUUAAUGUGUUGAAAAAGAAAUGUUAUGGGAAAGGUACCUGUAACUUUGAAUAUCCGGAUUACUGUUUUUGGAGAAAUGACGUCACAGAAGACGAUUUUGACUGGUUGAUAGGUCAAGGCUCUACGCCAUCGUCUUUUACAGGACCUUCGAGAGAUCAUACUACUGGUGGCAUCUUUGGUCAAUAUAUGUUUGUGGAUGCUAGCUUCAAGAGUGUAGGUAAAAAAGCCCGUCUUGUCACUGGUCGUUUCCCUCGGACAACUGGUCGGGGCUUUUGUCUCCAGUUCUGGUACAAUAUGUAUGGUGUAAACAUUGGUAAACUGAAUGUUAUCAUAAAGAAUAGAGCUGGGAAUGCUACUGAAAACGUCGUUUGGACUUUGUAUGGAAAUCAGGGUUUCGGAUGGAAACAAGGACAGGCCCCUGUGGUCAGCCGUAGUGAUAGCUUUCAGUUGGUGUUUGAAGCUGUACUGACUGGAGGAUCAAGAGGAGAUAUAGCUAUUGAUGACAUCUUAUAUUCUCCUGGUGCAUGCAGUGUAUCACCUAAAAUUGCUGCACCACCCAAACCAACUACCAUAUUACCUACACUAAACCCUACAACACCAGUAUUUGGAAAGUUUGGAUGUUCGUUUGAAACUGGAUUCUGUUCAUGGAGCCAUGGUUCUGGUGCACAAUUCAAGUGGAUUCGUAAUAAGGGUUUCACUUCCUCUGUAAAUACUGGUCCAUCUGCCGAUCAUACUUUGAAAAACCAAAAUGGAUAUUAUGUAUAUGCUGAAAGCUCGUCUCCACGGCAGUUUGGAGACAAGGCAAUUCUCGUGAGUAAACAGAUUUCCCCCAAUAGUCGUCCUGGUAACUGUAUCAUUUUCUGGUAUCAUAUGUAUGGUGCACAUAUUGGUACUCUGAACAUGUAUAUCCAAACUGUUGGUGGUGCGUUACCCAAACCUACAUGGACAAUGACUGGUACGCAAGGAAAUAAGUGGAAGAAGGGAAUGGUCUUUCAUCGAUCGAGUUUACCAUUCAAGAUCCUGUUCGAAGCUGUACGUGGCGUGUCAUAUGCUGGUGAUAUCGCGCUCGAUGAUUUAAGUAUUACAAAUGGCUUAUGUCCACCUUUCGAAUACUGUUCGUUCGAACAAAGUAAAUUGUGUGGCUGGACAAAUGAGCCGACAAAGGAUGAUUUUGAUUGGACCAGAGCAAGGGGUGCUACGGCCUCCGUCAGGACAGGUCCUUCCACUGACCACACAUUUGGCACAUCUGCAGGGUACUACAUGUACAUUGAAGCAACAGGGAAAAGAAAAGGCGAUAAAGCACAACUGAUAUCACCUACAUUUACCAAAACGUCUGGACGUUGUUUGCAAUUUUGGUAUCACAUGUAUGGUAGUAACAUUGGAAGACUCAAUAUUUAUAAAAGGAUUCUUCAAGUUGGCUCUCCAUACAAUGUUCGCGUGUGGUGGGCAACUGGGCAAAAAUACAACAUAUGGCGUAUUGCUCGAGUUUCAAUAACGUCACCAUCUUAUGAUUAUCAGGCUGUUUUUGAAGGUGUUGUUGGCAGUGGAUUCCAAGGAGAUAUUGCAAUUGAUGACGUCGAGCUCUUGAAUGGAGUGUGUCCUCCUCCUGGUGAUUGUGAUUUUGAGCGAGAUACCUGCACAUGGACCAACUCCCUCAUUGAUGACAAGUUUGAUUGGACUCGGCGCAAAGGCAGUACAUCUAGUUCCUCGACAGGACCGUCUGUGGAUCACACGCUACAAAAUAACUCAGGUUAUUAUAUGUAUAUAGAAGCGUCUUCUCCGAGAAAACAAGGAGAAAGAGCACUUUUGACGUCAGAAGAAUUCUUCAAAACGUCAUCAUCAGGUCGUUGUGUAAAAUUUUGGUAUCACAUGUAUGGCUCUGGGAUUGGUGCUCUGAAAGUGUACUACAAGACGAACGCUACAAAACAGGUUAUCUGGGGAUUGAAUGGACAACAAUCUGCUCAUCUAAAGGACUGGAAAUUCGGGCAGGCUCCUAUAAGAAGCAACGUUGUUUAUCAGAUUCUAUUUGAAGGGACUAUUGGUAGGUCCUUUACAGGUGACAUUGCUAUUGAUGAUAUUCAGUUUGCUAGCGGAGCAUGCUCUAUUUUACCUGUUUCUGUCACGGUUACUCCGGUCACAUUUGCGACUCUUGCACCAACUACUGCUGGCUCAACUCCAGCUCCAUCACCGAGCGAUUGCAACUUUGAUACUGGAAUCUGUUCUUGGAAACACGAUAGAACGGGGGACAUUCAAUGGAAACGACAAAAUCGAGGAACACCAAGUCUUUUCACGGGCCCCAACUACGAUCAUACGACUAAUAAUGGCUCGGGUUAUUAUCUUUACAUCGAGGCGUCGUUACCUGGCCAGCCCAACGAUACAGCUAGAUUGCUCAGUCCACUGUUACAAUCAACGAAUCUGAGAUGCUUGCAGUUUUGGUAUCACAUGUAUGGUUUUGAUGUAGAUAAUUUCAACGUGUACAUAAAAUCUAGUGGAAAGCUUGGUAACCCUGUGUGGACACGUCGUGGAAAUCAAGGCAACAUUUGGCGUCAUGCAACUGUAUCGAUAACCAGUCAAAAUCAAUAUCAGAUAGUGUUCGAAGGUGUUAUCGGGAAAAGCUAUCGGGGAGACAUUGCAUUGGAUGACGUCACUUUGCAAAAAGGACAAUGUCCUUCUCAGUCUCUGUGCACCUUUGAUGAUCCAGGUUUAUGUGGAUGGAGGAAUGUCCUAGGUGACAACUUUGAUUGGACAAGAUCAAACAGUGGUACCUCGAGUUUCGGGACUGGACCUAGUAAUGAUCAUACCUAUGGCACUGAUCAAGGCUUUUACAUGUAUAUUGAAGCAUCUUCCCCUCGAUCAAAGGGCAAUAAAGCAUUGUUAGAGAGUCCAUUAAUGAAAUCAACCUCGGGCAAGUGCCUGCGUUUCUGGUAUCAUAUGCUCGGUACAGAUAUUGGCCGAUUGAACGUACUUUUAAAAUCUGGGAGCAAUCGUGGCAAUGUUAUAUGGACGAUGACUGGUGACCUUGGUAAUGUUUGGAGGGUUGGUGAAGUUACCGUCAAGAGUACAUCACAAUUUCGAAUAAUAUUCGAAGGCAGAGUAGGAUCUGGAGUUUUUGGUGACAUUGCUAUUGAUGAUGUUCUUAUCUCGAACGGCGCAUGCGUAGAUCCUGGAAAUUGCGAUUUUGAAAACGGUCUAUGUACGUGGGUGAACGUGAAAUCUGAUGUCAUCAAUGAUAAUUUUGAUUGGAUAAGAGCCAGUAAAACGUCAUCUAUUGGAACAGGACCAUCUACUGAUCAUUCUACUGGAACAAAAAAAGGACACUUUAUUUACAUUGAAAGCUCCUUUCCACGACAAUGGGGUGACAAAGCGCGUUUAGAGUCUGAAGUUUUAUCUCCAACAUCUGGGAAGUGUAUGCAAUUCUGGUUUAACAUGAACGGUGAUGGCAUUAAUAAAUUAUCGAUAUUACUGAAAGUUGUUCAACAGUCUGAGUCGCGUGUAUGGACGUAUGGAGGUAAUAGGGGUGAUAAAUGGAUACAAGGUCAAAUCCCUAUCAAGAGUUCAAAACCAUUUGUGAUCGUGUUUGAAGGAACCAGCGGUUAUAAUCAUCUAGGUGAUAUUGCAAUUGAUGAUAUAACAAUUGCCACUACCUCUGUUCCGUGUGCAGUUUUGCCAGGAGAUGCCAUACCCUUCGGAUGUAAUUUUGAAUACGAUAGUUGUGGUUGGAGACUUGGUUUUUCUCCUGGCUCAUACAAAUGGAAGAGGCAAAGCGGAACUCAAGCAACACAGUCUAGAGUAGGAACACGAAUAGAUCAUACAAUUGGAAAAGCUGACGGUUCUUACGUGUUUGUGAACACCCGUGGAUAUCCGUCAAGCACGGCAACAUUGACCAGUCCUACUGUAAAAGUUGAUGGCAAUAAAACCAUUAACUGUCUAACAUUUGCUUAUCAUAUGCACGGUGCAUCAGUCGAUAUGCUUAAUGUGUACAUACUUAGUGGCUCAGGAAAUAAGAGAAAAGUCUGGAGUCGACUGGGAACACAGGGGGAUCGGUGGAUACUUGCGGAAGUUCAACUUAAGAUCAUCCAGCAUUCUAACAUUAUUUUUGAAGCUAAAAAUGGUUCUCAGUUUGAUGGAGCUAUUGCUAUUGACGACAUCGAUUUAAAAGUUGGAAGUUGCCCGAGUUUGGGAUCGUGUGGAUUUGAAUCGGCGUCGUUAUGUCACUACACUGUUACGCCAUCCUCGAAAGGAAUGAAAUGGAUUCGAACCGGGAGUGGUACACCUUCAUUAUUCACAGGUCCUAACUAUGACCACACGUACGGAACAGAAUUUGGACAUUUCAUGUAUGUUGAAGCAAGUGGCUUUACUAAGGGAGAAAAAACGUCUCUGAGCUCAAAUUACUACAGAAGUCAAACAUUGUCACAAUGUCUGACGUUCUGGUACCAUAUGCGUGGGAAAGACAUUGGAACGUUGAAUGUGUACACUGGUAUAUUUCGUCGCAGGCUUUCCUGGUCAAAGACUGGCGACCAAGGAAAUCUAUGGCGUAAAGCGCAGGUACCUCUUUCCAACAUUUUAAAAGUUACUAGGAUAAGGUUUGAAGGUGUUAGAGGAGGUGGAUAUCAAGGAGAUAUUGCAAUUGAUGACGUCAGCUUAGAAGAUGGUUCUUGUCCUCUUCCUGGUGAUUGCAACUUUGAAAAAGGAAGAUGCACUUGGCUUGAAGUUCGUGAUGGUAGUGACACUUUCGAUUGGCAACUUGGUAGUGGCUCAACCCAAAGCUUUAGUACUGGACCUAGUAAUGAUCACACGUUCAAUAAUCUUCAAGGUCAGUAUCUUUUCAUUGAAUCCUCUUUACCUCGUCGCCCUGGUGAUUUCGCGCGUAUACAGAGUGAGAUGUUUUCUCCUACACCGAGCCAAGGUCGCUGUAUGAAGUUUUGGUACCAUAUGUUUGGUGGUGAUAUUGGUAAUCUUACUGUUUAUAUGAAUAUUAGUGGAUCCCAACAGUUGCUACCCAUAUGGAGAGUCUCUGGAAAUCAAGGCAAUAAAUGGUUGAAUGGAAAACUGCCUUUAAAAUCAACGGCAAAUUACAUGUUGGUUAUUGAGGCUGUACGAGCAUCUGGUUAUAAAGGUGAUAUUGCUGUGGACGACAUUUCGUUUACUAAUGAUGCAUCUUCCUGUUCAGUUUAUCCUUCCGGGGCUGGAAGUGUGAAUACUAACACGCCCGCCCCCACUGCUGCCACCACUUCUGGUCCUACCUCUGGUAAUCAAGGAAAUAACUGCAAUUUUGAACUGAAGAAUCUUUGCAGUUUUACUCAAGACCGUAGUGAUCAUUUCAAUUGGACUGUUCAUAAGGGGCACACGUCUUCCUUCAACACGGGGCCUAGUACUGACCAUACUCUUGGAACUGCUGCUGGUCACUAUGCGCAUAUAGAAUCAUCUUCCCCGAGAAAACCAGAUGAUACUGCAAAUUUGAUCAGUCCUUCAAUGAAUCGACCAAACGGCGUGGGCUGUUUAAUAUUUUGGUAUCAUAUGCAUGGAGCAGAUAUAAAUUCAUUGACCGUAUACAAAAAGUCAGGAUCUCAAAACACUUCAUUGUGGAAACGAGUUGGUACUCAAGGAAAUGAAUGGCGUGAAGCAAUUGUUACUCUCGCACAGGAUUCACAAUCUUUUCAAAUUGUAUUUUCGGGUAAACGUGGUAAAUCCUACAAAGGAGACAUUGCAAUCGACGAUAUACAAUUCACAAAGACGAAUUGUCCAGCUACAGCUGAAUGUACAUUUGAAGACCAUGGGGACAGUAAUCCGCAAUGUGGUUGGAGAAACCAGUUAGAUUCCUAUCAAUGGAAACGUAAUAAUCAAGGCACUCCGAGCUCUGAUACCGGACCUUCAUUCGAUCACACAUCUGGGACAGCACAAGGAUAUUAUAUGUAUAUCGAAGCUACGGGGGCGAAAGUGAAUGAAACGGCAGUGAUUGCAAGUCCGAGUUACAAAGCAGCCACUCUGGGUCAUUGUUUCAGUUUUUGGUAUCACAUGUACGGAAAUGACGUGGGGACACUGAAUGUUUAUCAAAAGUUUGGCAACAAAAAGUAUUUCUUGUGGACAAUGAAUGGAAAUCGCGGCAACGAGUGGAAGAAAACAGAAAUUACUAUCAAAAACAACGAUCCUUAUCAGAUUUUGAUCGAAGGCAAACGAGGCAAAGGAUAUAGAAGCGACAUUGCUAUCGAUGACGUGAAACUUUCAAAAGAUGGUCCAUGUGUAUUACCAGGUGCAUGUGAUUUUGAAAAGGGAACUUGCAGCUACCACAAUACUAGAAUGGAGGACGACUUUGAUUGGAUAAGGGGACAAGGAAGAACAUGGAGUUAUGGAACUGGUCCUUCUGUUGACCACACCUUGAAAAGUAGUCUUGGUAGUUACAUGUACAUCGAAGCAUCGCUACCUCGUCAGAAAGGUCACAAAGCUCGUCUAGUCAGUCAAGAAUUUCAACCAACUUCCUCAAUAAAAUGUCUAAAGUUCUGGUUUCACUUUAACGGUGCUAGCAUAGGUAAACUUAACGUUCUUGUGAAGACGGGUCCUGGGAAUAAAUCUGAAGAAAUGGUUUGGACGUUGGGUUCGAACUUUGGUAACCAGUGGUUGAGCGCACAGACUCCAGUACAAAGUAAAAAGAUUUUCCAGAUUGUAUUUGAAGCUGUUGUUGGAACUAGUUUUCAGGGUGAUAUUGCAAUCGACGAUAUAAGUCUUGUUAGCAGUAGUUGUCAAGUACUUCCUGCCAUAGCUAUUCCACCCACACUUCCACCAACUCCACCUUUGCCUUUGAAUUGCACGUUUGAGCGUGGAUUGUGUAAUUGGCAAAACUUGAAAAAUGGUGAUGACUUUGAUUGGACGAGAAUUAAAGGAAAAACACGUUCCUAUGGCACUGGACCAAGUGCUGAUCACACAACAAAGACUAAUAAAGGUUAUUAUGUUUACAUCGAGACGUCAUCUCCUCGCUCACUCGGACAUAAAGCUCGUUUAGAAAGUGGCUCGAUAGCUCCAACUACGGGGACUUCUGGAAAAUGCUUUGUAUUCUGGUUUCAUAUGUGGGGUGCCAACGUCAACACAUUAAAUUUAUAUACUCGUACAAGGGGUCUGCUAAAAAAGAUCUGGAGUCGUACUGGUACCCAUGGUAAUCAAUGGCGCAAGGCACAGCUAACUCUCUCCAGUACACAAACGUUCACCCUCGUAUUUGAAGGCAUCCGUGGAAAUUCGUAUCGAGGAGACAUAGCCAUUGAUGAUAUUACGUUGGCUGAUGGGAAGUGUCCGCCUUCGUGGCACUGUGACUUUGGUGAUGGUUGGUGUCAUUAUGUAAACAUAAAUGGCGACCAGUUUGACUGGACACGAAAAAAAGGAAGGACAUCUUCUAUUGGUACCGGACCUUCUGUUGAUCACACUACUGGAACAAGCAAUGGAUAUUAUGUAUACAUUGAAACAAGUUCUCCUAGAAAGAAUGGCGACCGAGCUUGGCUUGUUAGCCGUACCUAUCCACCUACACCAAAGGGAAAAUGUCUGAAUUUUUAUUAUCAUAUGUAUGGAUCAGACAUAAAUACACUUAAAAUUCAUGUCACGCCAGUUAGUGCGCCUAGUGGUAAAACUGUUUGGACUAAGAUUGGUAACAAAGGAGAUAAGUGGCAUCAUGGACAGGCUACCAUGAUUUCAACGGUCUCUUAUAAGGUUUACUUUGAAGGUAUUGCAGGGAAGAGUUACAGAGGUGAUAUUUCAUUAGACGACAUUUGGGUAGAUGAGAAGCCAUGCCCACCCCCCGGAAGUUGUACUUUUGAACGUAGUUUUUGUACAUGGGCAAAUCAACCCAAUGGUAGAAACAAGACAAUUCAAGAUGACUUUGAUUGGACUAUUGGCAGUGGAGGGACCUACAGUUAUAACACUGGACCAUCAAGUGAUCACACAACUGGCUCAGCUCUCGGUAAAUAUGUCUAUAUUGAAACGUCAUCGCCACGAAAGAAUGGCGAUCGUGCUGUUUUAGAGAGUGAUAUGUUUGACAACACUACCGGGAAAUGUUUCAGUUUUUGGUAUCACAUGUAUGGCCGUCAUAUUGGAUCCCUUAACAUCUAUUUGCGAGACACUACAGGAAGUAAAAUACUUGUUUGGUCCCUGAAAGGCAACCAAGGCAAUGUGUGGAAACAAAGUGAAGUGACUCUCGUCAGUAAAAAACCAUUUCAAGUAUUGAUUGAAGGAACACGAGCUUUUAGUUACACUGGGGAUAUUGCUCUUGAUGAUAUUUUCUUCCAAGAUGGCAAUUGUGUGGGCCUUUGUUCGUCUGUCUUACCUACAGCUAGGGUUAAUUGUGGAUACUUUGGUAUAUCCGCUGGAGAAUGCAUCACAAAAAGAGGCUGUUGUUAUGAUAGUAGUGUUCAAAAUGCACCAUUUUGUUAUUUCCAUCCUGCUACAUGUCAAUCCGUUCAUGUUGCUGCGAGGCAUCCCUGUGAUCCAUCUACAACAAUUACUUCGCGUUCUAUAUGUAAAAAUAAAGGUUGUUGCUUUGAUGACAGUCACAAAAAUUCCAUCGUAUGCUUUAAGCAUCCUCGUCAACCCACUCCAUUCCCUACAACCCCCCCAACUACUCCACAAACUACUAUAGAACCAAUCCCUUAUCAAUGCGAUUUUGAGAAAGACUUAUGUUAUUGGAUUAAUCAUAAUGAUAAUCACAUGGACUUUAUCCGACAAAGUGGAAGCACACCUUCUGUUCGGACUGGACCAAAGAAUGAUCACACGUUGGGUAGCAAACUUGGUCACUAUGUAUACAUAGAGACAUCUUCUACUAGUGAAAACGAUACAGCGUUGUUAAUUACUCAAAGUUAUACGGGCAACAGUGGCAAGAUCAGAUGUCUACAGUUUUGGUAUCAUAUGUAUGGUGCCCAUGUUAACACCCUGUCAGUUCACAUUAAACCUUAUGGUCAGAAGAUGAAUCCUGCUAUUUGGCAAAAGUCUGGAAACCGUGGAGAUAAAUGGCGGUACGCGCAAGUCCGAAUAAACGCUAACUCAACCUACAAAAUCGCUUUUCAAGCAACGGCUGGCUCUAGUUAUCAGGGCGAUAUUGCUUUAGAUGAUAUCCAAAUUCCUUUCAGUGAAUGCCCACCUUUACCUGAAUGUGAAUUUGAAACACCUGAUAUUUGUCAGUUUUCACAAGAUGUUGCUGAUGACUUCAAUUGGACAAGAAGCUCUGGGAAUACACGCAGUCAAAGCACUGGACCAAACAACGAUCAUACUUACCAGACAAGCGAAGGUCACUAUAUGUUUAUUGAGACAAGUUGGCCACGAGUCUCCGGCGAUCGCGCCCGACUUGAAACAACGCUGUACAAAGCUACAGUUGGAUCAUGUGCUCGAUUUUGGUACCACAUGCGUGGUAAGGGUAUUGGCGUACUCAAUAUUUACGUUAAGAAGGGUGGCUCACUGGGGGCUCGUGUUUGGAGUGACAGCGGAAAUUAUGGUGACAAAUGGAUGAGGAAAAUGCUUACAGUCACUAGUGCACAACCAUGGCAGUUAGUCUUCGAAGGUGUUCGUGGUAACUCUUAUCAAGGUGAUAUCGCUUUGGAUGAUGUGGAAAUAACUCACAAUGGAGCAUGUCCCACUCUUGGAUCAUGUGACUUUGAAGAUGAUCUUUGCACAUACAGCAAUGAACCAAAUAAUGAUGAUUUUGACUGGGAAAGAAACUCGGGCGGGACGUAUAGUAUUGGGACUGGACCGAGUACAGAUCAUACUUACAAUACUAAGGGAUUAGGACAUUAUGUUUAUAUUGAGACUUCUUAUCCUCGUCGAACUGGUGACAAAGCGUGGCUAAUUAGUGACAUAUUCCAAGUCAAUCCAACCUUUAAUUGGUGUGUUAAAUUCUGGUUGCAUAUGUAUGGUGAUAGUGUUGGCUAUUUGAAUGUUUAUGUUGUAACGGGAGUCACCAAAACAGCAAAAGACAAGUUUUACGAAAGGGUUUUUCAUUUGACUGGAAAUCAUGGGAAUAAUUGGGUUUAUCAAGAAUUUCAAAUCAACAGUGGAAAGGAUUUCCAACUUAAAUUUGAAGGCGUCGUUGGUACAGCUCCAACAUUCUUGGGUGAUAUUGCACUGGAUGACAUUGUUGUUACCCCAGAUAAGUGUCUUGCUCCUACGCCUUCUGCCACUGUUAAUCCUUGUGCCGUUAGAUGUUCAUCAAACAAUACAUGUGUCCCAGCAAACAAGAUUUGUGAUUUUGUCAAUGAUUGUGGAAGUGCUGAUAACAGCGAUGAAAAAAACUGUGGAACCUGUAAUUUUGAGAAAGGACUUUGUGGAUGGAACAACACAAGUGAUGGAGUAUACACUUGGCAUCGUGAUCGAGGUGGAACUCCCUCAAAAAACACCGGUCCUUCACAAGAUAAUACAUUAAAGAACGCAUUUGGUUAUUACAUGUACGCUGAAGCAUCUCUUGGUAAAGUAUAUCAUUUGGCAGCAUUAGAAAGUCCUCUUCUUCAACAAUCGUCGGCUACUUGCAAAUUUAACUUCUAUUAUCACAUGCUUGGCUCUUCCGUUGGCGUACUUCGUGUUUACAUCGUAGUUUCUCGAAGAUAUACAUUGCUGUGGUCUUUGUCUGGCAAUCAAGGUAACCAAUGGAAGCAAGUCAGUUUGCACAUUGGUCGACGUGUUGCACCAUUCAAGAUUGUCCUUAAAGCAAGACGUUCGUACAAUGCCUUUGGAGAUAUAGCUAUAGAUGACCUUUCAUUUAGUUUUUGCUCAUUUCCUAAACCACAGUCAUCAUGCUACUCGAAUCAACAUCGAUGCAUGAACCGCGCAUGCGUUAGCAGUAACAGGAAAUGUGAUAUGACCGACGAUUGUGGUGACAGUUCAGACGAAUUAUCCUGUUCUGGCUACAUGAGGGUUAAUUUUGAGUAUUCACGAUACCCUUUCGUGGACUUGAAAGACGAUGAUUUCGACUGGACAAGACAGAAAGGUUCAACGCCAUCCAUUAAUACUGGUCCAAGUUUUGAUCAUACUUAUGGAACAACAUCUGGAUAUUAUAUGUUUGUGGAGACGUCUUGGCCGAGAAAACCUGGUGAUAAGGCAAGAUUUGCAACCUUUUUCAGUUUCGUUGGUCUUCGAGCUGGUGACAACACUUGUCGAAUGCGUUUCUAUUAUCAUAUGUGGGGUGAUCACAUUGGUAAUCUAAGCGUUAAAGUUCGUGAUACAAUUGGUGGACCUGAGACAACCUUGUGGAUACAAAAUGAUCAAGUGGCCACGUAUUGGGAAAGAGCUGAAGUGAUAUUGAAGAGUACCAAAGAUUUUCAGGUGAUAUUCGAAGCAAUUCGUGGAUCAAAUUAUCAGGGAGACAUCUCGAUCGAUGAUGUUUCAUUCACACCAUUUUGUAAAAGAGGUAACCGUCUUCCCACAGCUCCACCGACGCCUGCACCAUCUACAACUCCUGGUCCAUGUGGGCUUGGACGUUUUCAGUGUAAAGCCAGCAAACUGUGUAUUGCGAAUUCUAAAGUUUGUGAUUACUGGAAAGAUUGUAAAGAUGGCUCAGAUGAAGCAAAAUGUGGUUCUUGUACUUUUGAGUCUUCUGAUUUGUGUGGAUGGAAAGAUGCCAGUCUUGGUGAAUAUCAAUGGCUCAGAAAUCGCGGUAAAACACCUUCGCACAAUACGGGACCGAAAAUUGACCACACUUGUGGAACUUCAAAUUGUCAUUACAUAUAUGUGGAAGAUGGAACUGGUUCUGGCUAUGAAAGGGCGCACUUUGUCAGUCCAUAUUUGGAAAGAACGUACACAAGUUGCAGAGUGGAAUUUUACUAUCAUCUUUACGGUGUCUUUGCCAACCAAAACUAUCUUUGGGUUGCUCUUCACUACAAACGUAAAACGUCAUAUAUUUGGUAUACGACUGGUAGCCAAGGUGAUAAAUGGAAUAAAGGAGAGGUUGGACUUGGAUCAAUACCAAAGGGAACGCAGAUUGCUUUCAUUUCUUUCAAACCGUGGACAUUCCUUGGCUCAGCUGAUAUGGCAAUUGAUGACGUCAAAUUUGUUAACUGUGGGUUGCCAAAAGAGAGAACGUGUCUCCCAGGAGAGUUCAAAUGCAAAAGGCGAUACUGCAUUAAUCCCGAUCUACUGUGCGAUUUUGCUGACGAUUGUGGCGAUGGUAGUGAUGAAACGGCGAUCACUUGUGCUGAGUAUCAAGGACGUUGCAACUUUGAAAAAGGUCUGUGUGAUUGGACUCAAGAUACAGGCGAUGAUUUUGAUUGGUCAAGACAACAAGGCAGAACGGUCUCAUGGCAAACUGGUCCUGGACGCGAUCACACUACAUCUGUUCCUCAGGGUUAUUACAUGUAUUUGGAAACUUCCAGUCCACGUAAGCAAGGUCAAAAAGCACGCAUCAGCAGCCCCAUAAUAAAAUAUAAAUUACCUUCGGACAACUGUCGAAUGAGGAUGUUUUAUCAUAUGUAUGGUAAAGAUGUGAACGCAUUGAAUAUCUACUACAGAAGUUCAAUUGGUGGCUCGUUAAAAUGGAUACACACCAUUUUGGGUGAUCAAGGUGACCAAUGGCGACGUUACGAAAGCCCAAAGCUUCCAUUAAGUGUAUCCUCAUUCCAGAUUGUCAUUGAGGGAGUCGUUGGUUCUGGUUACCGAGGAGAUAUCGCCUUUGACGACCUGUCAUUUACUAAAGGAUGUGUGAUUCAGCCGACAACAACUCUCAUACCUACUGGAUUUACUGUACCAACGUCACUGAGCUGUCCUAGCAAACAAUUUAGUUGUGGUGGAGGGGUAUGCAUUCCUGCAAAACAAUACUGUGACUUCCGAAAAGACUGUGCAAAUGGAGCGGAUGAAAAAUCUUGUCCUGCAAAAUGCGAUUUUGAAACCGAUGAAUGCAAGUGGAAAGAUAAUAAGAUUGGUGAUCAUGUUGAUUGGACACGAACAACAGGCUCGUCAUUGCACAAUGGUCCAAGUGUUGACCAUACUCUUGGGACGUCGUCUGGUCAUUAUGUUUACGGGAAAGUCUCAAACAAGACUCAGAUUGUCUCUUUCAGUUUGUACAUCAGUCCCCGAUAUUACAAGUCGAGCAAAACAUGCAAAUUUCGUUUUUACUACUAUAACAAUAUAACAACUCUCUUCAUCUCACCUCUAUAUGUUUAUAUUCGACGAAACAACAUUGACACGCUCCUAUGGGCCGGUAAUGUCAUGCCAUCAGAUCAAUGGAGGAACGCAACUAUAGAAUUACCACCUUGUCUUACUGAUUUUCAGAUUGUCAUAUCGAUUUACCAUUAUAUUGGCUUUGAUCGUGUUGUUGCGAUCGAUGAUCUUGAGUUUUUAAAUUGCUCUGAACCAAAACCUCCAUCACGUUGCCUUCGAAGUUCUGAUUUUAAAUGUUCCAGUGGUCAUUGUGUCGAUAGUAAGAACAAGUGCGACUUUUCACCGGAUUGUUGUGACUAUAGCGACGAGACAGAAAAAUUGUGUUCUGGUUACUACAGAGCGAAUUUUGAAGACGGUCUGUCAAAUUGGACGCAAUCAUUUGAUGAUAACUUAAAUUGGGUGAGACAUAGAGGAAGGACCAUUUCAAGUGGAACUGGUCCCAACGCUGAUCAUACCACAAACAGCGCCGAAGGUCACUAUAUGUAUAUCGAGGCAUCGAGUCCACGAAUAAUGAACGAAACAGCUGUUCUUAUAUCACCAUUGUUGAAAUCAACGAAGACUUGUACGAUGAGAUUUUUUUAUCACAUGUUUGGUGACCACAUUGGCAUGUUAAGCAUCUACAAAAAGGUUGGAAACGUCAAAAAUCGUUUGUGGUCCAUCAGGGAUGAUCAGGGACCGAAAUGGUUAAAGAGGAGUAUCGAUGUACCUGCAACAUCCAGCGGAUUUUAUAUUUUGAUCGAAGGUAUGAUUGGUUCAGCGUACAAAGGUGAUAUUGCUAUUGACGAUAUCUCUUUCACUCCGGAAUGCCAGCCGGAAAUAGUGACACCGACAUCUAUACCUAAUCCUUGCUCCAAUAAUGGCUUCAUGUGUAAAGGAAGCAAGUUAUGUAUCUCCGCCAGUAAGAAAUGCGAUUUCAAGAAUGACUGUAAUGAUUUCUCGGACGAGAGCGCCGACGUUUGUGGUACUCCGUGUUUGUUUGACAAUAGUUCCUGUGGAUGGAAAGAAACUAAGCUAGAUAACUUUGAUUGGACGAGGUUUCACGGCUGCACCGCAAAUAGUCGAACAUGCCAAGACGCGAAGGGUAAUAGUCAAGGCUUCUUUAUGUACAUAACAAGUCUGACUGGCAUCUCAGGAACAGAAGCGGUUCUUCAAAGUCCCUUAUAUCAGAGAUCAUCGCCAACUUGCAAAAUUGUGUUUUACUAUAAAAUGACAGCCACUUAUAGCGAGACGUUAAAUCUGUACUUAAAUGUUGGAUCAAAAAAAACUGUCAUUUGGACGAGAACAGGUACGCAUGGCCAUACGUGGCACAAGACUGAAGCUAUGGUUGGCAGACAGAGUAGUCCUUUUACUUUGUCAUUUGAAAAUAAGCAUAGUGGGAGUUUUUCUGGUGACAUUGCGCUUGACUUCAUUACCAUGAAGAAUUGUGACGCUAAAGCUAGUUGCAAUGGAUUGAGUCGGAAAAAGUGCAACACAAACAGUAAAUACUGCUUCUCCGAUACGCAGACAUGUGAUCUUGUCGAUGACUGCGGUGAUAACACAGAUGAAACGUCGUGUAAGAACAUACGAUGUAACUUUGAUUCUGAUACAUGCCAGUGGAAAAAUGUAAAAGGCGAAGAUGAUUUUGACUGGACUCGACAUACGGGCUCUACUGGAUCAAUUGGAACUGGUCCUCAUACUGACCAUACGACAGGCUCAGGGUAUUAUAUGUACAUUGAGGUAUCUGGUAAAAGGCAAGGUGCAAAAGCUCAACUAGUUAGUCCUACGUUGAUUGCACAUACCGGAAGUUGUAGCCUGCGACUUUGGUACCACAUGAAAGGUUCUGAUAUUCAAGAUCUGAAGAUUUGGUACAGAACAUUUAUUGGAGGACCAUUACACGUAGUAGACUCAUUGACCGGAAAUAAAGGAGAUAUUUGGAAUAAAUUGGUAACCACUGUUCCUCUUGGUCAAAACAUUCCAUUUGAAGUUAUAAUUGAAGGUGUUAUUGGUCGUGGUUACAGAGGUGACAUUGCUAUUGAUGAUAUUAGUUUUAAUAACGACUGCCAAUUACACUCUGGUGUCAUUCCAACAUCGGAAACGCUCGUCACGACUCCUGCACCGACGCCCAAGACAAACAAUUGUAAAAGAAAUGAGUUUGGUUGUUGGAGUGAUGCAAAAUGUAUCGAUAAAAACCAAGUUUGUGAUUUUACUAUUGAUUGUGCAGACAACUCUGAUGAACGUACCUGCCCUGCCGGAUGUACCUUUGAAAAGGAUCGGUGUGGAUGGACCGAGGUAUCUGAUGACACGGACGAAUUUGAUUGGCUAAGAAUAAAAGGCACAACCCCAUCUGCAGGGACUGGACCGAUUGUAGAUCAUACAACCAAUUCUACCAGUGGUUACUACCUAUAUAUUGAGGCAUCCUCGGGAGCGGCAUAUCAAAGAGCCAGACUCAUAAGUCCUAUUUAUAAAAAGUCUUACUCUCAAUGUGUUCUUACACUUUGGUAUCAUAUGUACGGUCCGACAAUUGGCUCGCUACGUGUCUACCUAAACUCAACUGGUCAUAUGACUAGACACUGGGUAAAGUCAAGUGAUCAAGGAAAUAAAUGGCAUAAAACAUCAAUCGGAAUUGGAAAGCAGAGUAAUCCAUUUAGGAUUGUUAUUGAAGCUUCUCGUGGACAGUCAUACAGUGGUGAUAUUGCUAUCGAUGACAUUUUGUUUACUGAAUGUGGUUUGCCUCAGAAGCAAAAAUGUCAACCUGAGGACUUUACAUGCACUCGUGGAAGCUGUACGAAGAAAGCUUAUUUAUGUGACUACAAUGAUGAUUGUGGAGAUAGCAGUGAUGAAACGAACUGUGAUUCAUAUCAAGCACGAUGUAAUUUCCAAAUCGAUGGUCAAUGUCAAUGGAGAAACAGCUUUGAAGAUGACUUUGAUUGGACGAGAAUAAAAGGCAGAACAGCUUCAGUAAAUACUGGACCAAAGUUUGAUCACACAAAUAGUGAUAGCACAGGAUAUUACAUCUAUCUUGAAACGUCAAGUCCACGUCGCUAUGGUGAUAAAGCAUGGUAUAUUAGUCCUAUCUUCCAAGCACAUAGCGUCUCAGAUGGUUGUACAUUAAGAUUUUUCUACCAUAUGUAUGGUGAUCACAUCGGUGAAUUAAACGUUUACAAAAGAAGUUAUGUUAAUGGAUCCUUGGGAAGGCCUAUUUGGAAAGUCAAAUCAGAUCAAGGAACAAUUUGGAAACGUGCUACUAUCUCGCUUUCGUCGGACAAACCAUUUGAAAUUGUUAUUGAAGGUUUCGUCGGUGAUGGCUAUCGUGGUGAUAUAGCAUUAGAUGAUCUAUCCUUAACGUCCAACUGUAUUGAAUAUUCAGGCUCUUUACCUGCGGAGCCCGUUAUCCCCACCACUGUCAUACCAACUAACCCACAUUCGUGCAGCUCAAAUCAGUUCAAUUGUUAUCGCUCAGGUUCUUCUACGUGUGUUGCCAAUGAUAAAGUGUGCGAUUUUAGACAUGAUUGUCUUGGAGGAGAAGAUGAAGACAGCUGUGUUAAGCCUUUUGCAGAUUUUACCAAUGGAGAUACAGGAAAUUGGCUGAUUGCUGCAGCAGAUAGCAUCACUAGCAGUCGACGUUUGUUAGCUCUUGCCUAUUCUUGGCGAGUAUUUCAAGUGGAUGAUUUUACCAAACCUAGCACGGAUCAUUCAGCCAAUGGUCAAAAGUAUGGUUGGUAUCUUAAAGCGGAUGCAUCCGCUGCCUUGUACAGUGGCAGUGUUACGACGUUAAGCAGUCGUGUUAUAUCUUCUUCGGGUCCUCAUUGUACAUUGGAGUUUUGGUAUUACAUGAAUGGAAAUCAUGUUGGAACAUUGUCCGUUUUGACCAACGAUAUCGCUUUAAAUGUCUUGUGGUCGAGAACAAGUAAUCAAGGAACACAAUGGAUAAAAGGUAUUGUCGCCAUUGGAUCAAGGCGGAACUUCCAGGUUGUAUUCCAAGCAAAGUCAAAGACGGCGGGUGGUUCCCAAGAUAUUAAUCUUGAUGAUAUAUUGUUCAAAAAUUGUGAGCCUCUUAUUGUUGACGCGAUUUGUAAGGCAAAUGUUGAAUUCAAAUGCGAACUUGGUGGGUGUACAAACAUUAGCCGAAAAUGCGAUUUUGCUCUUGAUUGUAUGAAUGGGGACGAUUCUGAUGAGGUUGGCUGUGAGGCUUAUCCUGGACGAUGUGACUUCGAACAUGGUUUAUGUGUCUGGGAACAAGAUCGAACGGAUGAUUUUGAUUGGACGAGAAACCAAGGCACCACUCCAUCAUCUGCCACGGGACCUCUUAUUGAUCAUACCACUGGGCAAUCAACAGGUCACUAUAUGUACACGGAGACAUCAUGGCCAAGAAAACAAGGAGAUCGAGCAAGACUAGUAACACCUGUUAUUAAGUCAGAAUCAAAAAAUUGUCGUCUUCGCUUUUACUAUCAUAUGAAAGGAUCCAAUAUUGGGUCAUUGAUCGUCUAUAUCAGAAAAAGUUAUAUAGAUGUGAGUACGACGAAAGUGCUUCUCAACAUCACUGGUGAGCAGGAAGAGUUUUGGCGACGUGUUGAUAUACCAAUAUCUUCGGCCAGUGAAUUUGAAAUAGUGAUUGAAGGUGUACGGGGUUCGUCAUAUACUGGAGAUAUAUCUAUUGAUGACGUAUCACUGACACCAGGUUGUAAAAUGUGUCCUACCUGCGCUCCAAUUGAGGGUAAACCAUCGCCUACACCGUUUGGCCUUCGCACCAGACCGUCAAACUCGCUUUGCACUGCCUCACAAUUUGCUUGCCAAAAUCUGCAAUGCGUGGAAAGGCAACAAGUUUGCGAUUUCAAAGACAGCUGUGGUGAUAACUCUGACGAGAUACCUUGUGGAACCAGUUGCACAUUUGAGGAUAACUAUUGCUAUAGGGGAUGGCGAAAUCCUUCUGGAGUAGAUAACAUGGAUUGGAGAAGACAGACAGGAGCUUCAAUUUCAAGAUAUCGUCCAGGGCCAAAGAAUGAUCACACCAAAGGAUCCGAAACAGGCUAUUACAUGAAUUUCGAUGGUUAUCGUGGAAAAGAAGGAGCGAAGGCGCAACUUUUGUCCUAUCGUUACUUUGCCUCUGACCCUCAUUGUAUUAUGUCAUUUUGGUACUUCAUGACAGGUAGCACCGUUGGCUCACUUACAAUAAAGUUGAAGCUUGCACAAAGUUUUACAUAUAAAGUGUUGCAUACACUUAAAAAAAGCCAGGGUAAUGAAUGGAAGAACGCUAAUGUCAGUAUUGGUGCACACAAAGAGUUUGAAAUAAUCUUUGAGGCAUCUCGUGGUAAAUCAUAUGAUGGAAUUAUUGCCUUGGACGAUGUAAUGUUCCACAAAUGUUUUGCUGAUGCAUCAAGACUAUGCAACGAACAUGAAAUGAAAUGCAGAGGAACAAACAGUCAUUGCAUCAGUAGGCUGCAUAAAGUUUGCGAUUUUGUUGAUGAUUGUGAUGAGAAAGACGAUGAAAUGAAUUGUGAUAAAGAACCUUAUAAUUGUAACUUCGACAAGAAUAUGUGCAACUUUGCAGCCACAAACUGGGUUAGAAAUACGAGUACAAAUACACCUGGUACUGGAACGACCUAUGAUCAUACAACUGGCAAAGGAUCAAUUGUCUUCGUGGACUCCUCCAAACUCCAAGCGUUCGAUAAGGCAGUAUUAAAACAGAAAAACGCAGGAAACGUUUUCCCCCCCGGUGAUGGUGUUUGCUUUAUAAGAUUCUUCUACAAGAUGUGGGGCUCUCAACAUCUUGGUCGAUUGCAACUCUUUAUUUUGACCAAGAAUGGCAUUAUGAAGAAUGAACUUUGGCAGACUAGAGGUGAUGCAAAUAAUGAUAACUGGAUACGAGUCGACCUUCCUCUCGAUUCCAAUGAAAAAUUUUCGAUCGAGUUUGUUGCUACAAUAGGAAGUGGAGAAAAAGGAGACAUUGUAAUAGAUGACAUCAGUUUCUCACACAGCUGCAGUAUUGGAGGCUCGCCAGCUCCACCUGUGACUCGUCUACCCGAUGCAUGUCCCUCAGACCAGUUUAAAUGUCGACAAAGUGGCUUGUGUAUUGCAAAAAGAUGGAAAUGUGAUAAAGUUAGUGAUUGUGAUGAUUCCUCUGACGAGGAAAGCUGUGAUUACACGACUUCAGCACCCAAAACAACUCCGUUCACGUGCGUAAGUGAUGCUUAUUACCAAUGUGAGAAUUUCCAGAAAUGUAUUCCACGUUACCAACUCUGUGAUCAUUGGAUUGAUUGUCCUAAUCAAGAUGACGAAUAUCGGGAAUUCUGUCCUAAUCGAAACGAAGAAAAUCGUGAUCUUUACUACUGUGAAGCAUCGAAAAAGUUUUUACCAGCACGGCAAGUCUGCGAUGACAAACAAGACUGCCUUGAUUAUGGCGAUGAACUUGAUUGUAAUGGUUGUAGAAAGGAUUUCUGUUUGAAUAACACCAAGUGUUUAACAGGCAAUAAAGACUUACAACCAUCUUCUUGCAAAUGUUCUUCGGGUGUCAGUGGUAAUCGUUGCCAGUACAAAUCAAACGUUUGCUUUAACAAAACUUUUUCGUGCUGUGAUGGAUCACCCAAAUGCUUGAGUUACGAUAAACUUUGCGAUGAUGUCAAAGAUUGUAAAAACGGUUUUGAUGAAAAUAAAAAAACUUGUCGUGUUUUUCUUAAGACAUUCAGGAAACCCAUUACGGCGAAAUCGAGUGGAAGUAAAAUAACUACAAGUUCAUGGUUUUUACCUGUUAUCGUCGUUGUUUCAAUGAUUAUAACUGGUAUUGUACUCGUCGUGGCAUACAUCGUUUUUAAUAAAAGACGAAAAAAACUUACAUUAUUCUCCGUGUUUUAUGAUCCCAAUAGGAAUAAGAACGGAGAGACGUCAAAAAUUUCAUCUGAAGAUGGUGCUGUCAAUGUUUCAGAAGGAAUUGGUAAUCCGGUUUACGAUGAAGAUAGGCCUUUGGAAGGAUUCGCUAUGAGUGAUGUCGACACGAAUAUGUUUGUUUCCGAGGACGCUUUCACGCUUCCGAGUGAAAAAGAUGGUGAAACAUCCAUGGCGAACCCACUUUAUCAAGACCCAUAUUAUGGCGAAGAUUAAAAUCUAACUAAAUUAAAUCGAGUGCAAUUUACAUAUUUUCGUAAUUUCAAACAAAUCAAUAUUGUGAUUUUUAUAGUUUGCACAAAAAUAGGAAUUCUGUAUAAUAAUCUACGAAAUUGAAAAAUGAAUACACAUAUUUUGAUUAAUUGUAUAUCCUAUACAUACAACGUAAUUGCCUAUAAUUGUGAAGCUUGCUUCAAUUUAUAUCCUAUCAUAUUACCUUUUUCACAUCUUUCUUACCUUAUGGUCGCAAUUUAUAAUUUUUUUAUGUACUGAAUAAGCCUAAAUGCUAAAUUUAAGUUAUUUGUGCUUAUUCAGAGGCGACAUCCUUUGCACAAAGGAACGCUAUUUAUCUCUAAGUUUUCAGAUGUUUUAUACAUCUUUUUUACUUUUUUCAUUAAAAACGAAAUUAAACAUUUUUUAGCUUUUGUAAA